UAUACGUGUAACCUUCGCCAUUGUAGUAUAUGAAAAAUUGAUUUGUAAGAGUUGGUCUUGGAGUUGGAAUCUAAUGGGCUGAACCUUUCAAGGUUACACGGAACCAAAAUUGACAGAGCCUUGGUAGCAACGAAGCGCUAAGCAGACCUAUUCACUUUAGACUCAUGAGCGCUGGCACGUCGUCCGCAAUGGGCGAGACUUCACUUGCUAAAAGUCUUUUGCUCAAUUUUAUGCCAGAAAAAUGCUACAACGAGUUUUUCUACAAUUACAACUUUUUCAACGUAUUUUGCCUGAAAGCGUUAAUAAGCAAAUGCCUAGGCUUGGCUAUUAUAGGAGGAUCUCUGAUGGUUAAAGUUCCUCAAAUAGUAAAAAUAUGGGCCAACCAAAGCGCUGAAGGGGUGAGUUUUACCAACGUCCUCACCGAUCUUUAUGCGAUAACUUCUGGAAGCAGUUAUGCCUUUGUGCAGAAAUUUCCUUUUAGUGCAUAUGGCGAAGGGCUAUUUUUAGGACUGCAAACUGUAACGAUAGCUGUACUAGUGUUGCAUUUCAAUGUAUCGAGCAAUUUAGCGGCGGUAUUCACUGCGCUGUAUGCCGUAGUUAUAUAUGUACUCACAAGUGGCCUAACGCCUGUAUCCUUUCUAUGGAAUUUGCAAGCAGUUAGUGUGCCCAUUAUGUUUUUUGGAAAGCUCACUCAAGCAUAUACGAACUACAAGAACGGCGGUACAGGGCAAUUAUCAGCUGCUACUUGCGUCAUGCUACUUUUUGGCAAUGUGGCAAGGAUAUUCACGUCAAUACAAGAGACCGGGGAUAUGAUAAUCAUCGUGACAUAUCUUCUGGCCACCAUUGGGAAUGGGAUCAUUGUCGGCCAGUUCAUCUUCUAUAGGAAAGGACCGGUUGAAAGGAAGAAAAAGAAGCAGUAAAGUAAUAAGUAGGAAAAAAAAAA